AGCCUUGCAUGGGGGAGGGAGGUCGACUAGCCGUGAAUUCAUGAUGCGUUAUGGCUCAGUCUUUCGCGUUUCUCUCCUAUAAUGAAUAAUAACCACUGUUUCUUCACGUACUGCCCCAUGGAUGUACAGUGUGUCGAUGUUUCAUUUCGUCCUGCCAUUAUUCGCCAAGAUGCCUGCUGUGGAUAUUGCGUUCUGUGGAAAACGAAGAGAUAUCUUUAAGGAUUCGGCUGUUUGCUUGGAUUUAUGACAGCCUCCCGACAAGACUGACAAGCCAGGAUCAGAGGCAGCCAGCAGUGUCUAAAUGAAGUUUCCUAGCCAUGCAAUGUUCCUGGAAGGCUGUGAUCCUGCUAGCCUUGGCCUCCAUUGCCAUCCAGUACACAGCCAUCCGGACUUUCACCUCCAAGCCCUUUCACCUCUGUCCCAUGCCAAGCCCCCAGAACUGUGGCCUGGGCGCCCAGGACACCGACCCGUCUUUUGAGCGUGGCUGUGAGGAGUACCCCUAUUUCAUCUACAAUGCCUCGCGCAGAACCCACAUCUUAGUGCUGGCCACCACCCGCAGUGGCUCCUCUUUUGUGGGCCAGCUGCUCAACCAGCACUCGGACGUCUUUUAUCUCUUCGAGCCCCUCUACCACGUCCAGACCGCGCUCAUCCCGCGCCUCUCCCACAGCCGGAAUGCGGCGGACCGCCGGGUGAUGCUGGGGGCGAGCCGCGACCUGCUGCGCAGCCUCUACGGCUGCGACCUUCACUUCCUGGAGAGCUACAUCAAGCCGCCGCCGGCCAACCACACCACGGACAAGCUGUUCCGCCGCGGGGCCAGCAAGGCGCUGUGCUCGCAGCCGGUGUGCGACGCGUUCGGCCCGGCCGACGCCAACGUGGAGGAGGGCGACUGCGUCAAGAAGUGCGCGGCGCUCAACAUGACGCUGGCCGCCGAGUCGUGCCGCGAGCGCCGCCACACGGCCAUCAAGAUCGUGCGCGUGCCGGAGGUCGGCGACCUGCGGGCCCUGGUGGAGGACCCUCGGCUCAACCUGAAGGUCAUCCAGCUGGUCAGGGACCCCCGCGGGAUUCUCUCCUCUCGGAUCGAGACGUUCCGGGACACGUACCGGCUGUGGAGGAUCUGGAGGGCUACGGGGAGGAAGCCCUACAACCUGGACCUGACGCAGCUGACUAUGGUGUGUGACGACUUCCUUAGCUCCGUGUCCACAGGCCUCAGCCACCCGCACUGGUUGAAAGGAAAGUACAUGCUGGUGCGAUACGAGGACUUGGCACGUAACCCGCUGCAGAAGACAAAAGAGAUCUAUGACUACCUGGGCUUGCCCAUGGACAAGAACGUGGUGGACUGGAUACAGGCCAAUACCAGAGGGAGCAGCGAGCUCUCGGCCAAACACAAGUACGGUACAGUGAGGGACUCUGCGGCUAACGCCGAGAGUUGGAGGCUGAAGUUGUCCAUUGAGAUGGUGGACUACACGCAGACCGUGUGUCAGAAGGUCCUCAACAUUCUUGGCUACAAAAGCGCCAAGUCCGCAGAGGAGCUCAAGAACAUGUCUGUUUCGCUCGUGCAGGACAAGAGUUUUGUACCCUUUUCGUAACAGAGAUAGUUGUUGGAGACUAUUUUGAUAUAUUUAUAAUUGUUGCCUUAUGACUAUUAAUGUUAUUUUGAGCUUAUGAUCUUGAUUUGUUUCCCAUCUCCUUUGAAAUUUGCACUAAGACUUUGCAGUCCAUGAAUUCCUGCUGUUCGGGCUCCCAGCUAAUUUAGGAAGAGCACAACAAAAAUGAGACCAGGGAAUGAGCUUUCUGAGUUUCUGAGAUUUAAUGUGGAAGGAUUUCUUGUUUUUAAAAGGACCAUUAUAAGUUACACAGAUAUCAAAUGCAACCACCGAUACCAACAAUCCAGACUCCUCAACGACUGGCUGUCGCUUCAAUGCCAGUGAAUGUUGCCAUAUUCCCAUCCAAGGCAGUAUAUGUGUUGAAUGAAUGCUAAGGAAAUGUGCAAGACCAUUCAUGACGUAGAAACCACACUGUACAAAAGCAACUGUGCAAUAAAUGGUGAAUGUCGCAGUCUACCUUUAACAUUAUUGUAAUUGAUGCAGAGCAGAUGUGUACCGAUGAGAUUUCACAUGAAAAGGAUUUAACAUCCACUGUAUGUAACCUGAUAUGGUGUGAGUGUCUUAAAUUAGAGGCCGCUUGAGCCAUUAAUUCUCUGAAUGCAUCGUAUGGAAUUGAAGUC